AUGAGUUCAAUCAUGAAUUUAGGGGCAUACAACCUGCUAGCCUUGGGGCUGGCGCUAUUUCCAGCUCUUACUUCAAGCAGCCCUAUUAUUCCUUACUAUUUUCAAGCAGUCGAUGUCUCAAGAGCAAUUACUUCGAAGCAAGUAGAAAGUGAUCUCGGCAAAGCACUGUCUCAAGGGACUCUGAUAUUUGGCCCUUCAAGCCGCGCCUUUGCCAAUGCUACCGAGAGAUGGAAUACGCGUUCUAUGCCUGCUGAUAUACAAGUUGUUAUUGAAGUAGCUCAAGAAUCUGAUGUAGCAAAAGUGGUGAAAUACUGCUACCAGAACAGCAUUGACUUCCUUGCGUAUACUAGGGGCCAUGGUUCGACGAGCACAGUUUCCAAGUUCAGAGGUAUUGAGAUUAACCUGUCGAAACUCACCGAAAUCACAAUCCAACCCGACAACAAAUCGGCAUUACUUCAAGGUGGAGUAUAUGCUGAUUUGGUCAUCAAGACAAUUUGGAAUGAAGGAUACAUUGCUGCUACAGGAAGCAAUGGCUGCGUCGGUUUCUUUGGCCCAGCUUUAGGAGGCGGCCUUGGCCGAUACCAAGGCCAAUACGGCCUUAUUUCCGAUAACUUCGUCAGCUUAAAUGUUGUUCUGGCUAAUGGCACAGCCAUCACCGUCAAUGCUGCUUCCAACAGCGAUCUUUUCUGGGCCAUGAAGGGCGCGGGCCAUAAUUUUGGCAUUGUUACCAGUGGCUAUAUCAAGAUUUAUCCGAAAAAGGCUGACACUUGGCACUACCAUAACUACGUCUGGUCACAAGACAAGCUUGAGAAAGUCUUUGCGGCACUGAACAAGUUCCAAGGGACAGGACAGAUUCCUACACUCAUGGGCGUCAACUUUGGCCAAUUCUCCAUUGAACCAAAUAUUAGUAGAACAGAGGCUGUUAUCAUCUGGUCAUUUGCAUAUGAUGGCCCAGCUGCUGAUGCUGAAAAGCUCUUGGUUUCAUUCAACGCAAUUCCUGCCAUCUCAAGCACCAAAGGCGAUGUGUCUUAUUCCGAGCUGCUUGUUGCGCAGCAAACAGAUAUAAACAGCGCAUCCUGCUCUUCACAACCAUAUGUUGGAAGUAAUACGUGGCUUCAGACUUACAACAUCACUUCUCAGCGCAAAAUUUAUAAUCUCUUCAACCAGCAAAUCGCAAAGAAUCCCGGCCUUGCUCCCGGCGCCCGCGUGUUUUUUGAAGGUUAUUCUAGCAAAACCACUCAAUUGAUUGAUCACGCUUCUUCUUCCUAUCCUCAUCGCGACGAAUACUUGCUCGUCUUCUUCGCCGUUGCUACUCCGCCAGAUUUAGAGACUUUUAGUCGAUCUUGGGCUGAUAAGACGUUGGCUAUAUGGCGUGCGGGCCAGCCUAGUCGUCGACCUGCAACGUAUGUCAACUAUGCCGUGGGAAGCGAGCCUCUCGAAUCUAUUUACGGCUAUGAUGGUCAGUUGCCGCGACUACGAGCUCUCAAGUCCAAGUGA